AUGCCCCAACAGACAGAGACGGUGGACGUAGCAUGGACGCUGCUUUGUAAUCCUGAGAAUGAGGGAGCCGCAUGGUCCUAUGAAGGGCGUGGUACAGAUGGCCUCUUCCGCUUGAUCUCAGUUUCAGCACUGCUGUGUAAAGACAACCCAGAGCUAUUUCUGACGGAAUGGGCCGGUCUUGAUUUCCCGCACGACGGCCUCGAUGACUUUCUUCCCACAAACCCUCCCCCACACAUGCCGCGAUAUUGCGCGGUCUCCCACGUCUGGCAACCAAGUGAGGACGCCGCUAGGAGGAGCAACCAGGCAAAUCGGCCUCUCAGAGUCAAGCUUCGAAAUGGUACCUUCCACACAAUCAGCUGGCUGGGGCUGGUACAAGCCGCCACCGCGGCUCAAUACUCCCACUGCGAGUACAUCUGGCUGGAUCUGCUUUGUAUCGACCAGACAAGCCCAAAGGACAAAGUACUCCAAAUCCCGAAUAUGGCCAAAAUCUUCAGUAAUGCGUCGACGACCCUGAUCAUGGUUGGAGGUGUCCACGCCGCACAGAGUCUAGAUCGUCCCUCGGCAUACAUGCAGAGGUCUUGGACUUUCCAAGAAGCCAUUCUCGGCCCCGAUGCCCGUGUCUUGGUCCACUGGGAUCACCCGGACUCGUGGGUUGCAGAUAAUGUCAAUCUCUCGUUCGACAUUCUCAACGGCAACAUCGCGCUUGUUCGCUUGGACGAACUGAUAGGGUCCGGCCCGUGGGUAAGCCGAAAGUUUGGACCCGGUAUGCUGUACCAUCCCAGGACAGGGCUCACCUACCGUAGAUACAAGUUACGUCAAGAUUUCAACUGCCUAGGGCUCGAUCAAACAGCGUUGGUCUCCUUGGCCGUGAGCCUGCGGCAAACACUACCCGAGCUUGGUUUCGCGUCUAGGACGGGACAUACGGCUGGCGCCGACGGUGACAACGGCACCAACACCAACUCAGCCACGAGUUCAGACUCGGACUUUAAUUCAGAUGCUCAAACCCCGGCACUCGAUACCGUCGACCGUCAGUCCAGUUCAGACUCUGGCUCCGAUUUAGGUUCUCGACUUAGUGUACUUGACACGGUGGACCGCCAGUCCGGUUCGAAGUCCGACUUGGAUCUUGACGCUCAAUUCGAGGCCUUCAAUUGUAUUGAUCGGCGGUCCGAGGGUAUGGACUGCGGAAACGCAUUCGAAGAUGAAACAGUCACACAAGACGGGAACUACCUUUCAGCCGGCCACGAUGUGGUAGACUAUUAUCUUCAACACUGGGAUACUCCGCUUUCCGCCUCUGAGGGACCCGACAGCGGACAUGGCUUCAGUCGUAUGCUUGGGAGUCUGUCGACCACUGUGAGGGAUAUAGACUCAGACGACGAAAAGGAAAUGAAGGGUUACACAGGGAAGAGCAUACUACCCUUCAAGGAGCUAGCCUUGUCUGAGCAGACCCGUGCAUACUUUGACAUCCACUACGACUAUCCGGGUGACGGCGUUGGCGUCGCGCAAGCUGCGUGGCGGAACAUAUGGCUCCGCACGUCGACAGAGCCACAAGACUUGAUAUUCAGCGUGAUGCAUGUCUUGGGAGUUCUUGUUGACGUCGAUUACACACGAUCCGGCAAAGAUCUCCUCUUCGAGCUUGUCGACAAAAGUCCAAUACCUGGAUGGCUGACUGUUUCGUAUGACAUGCCCGUUUAUCCCGAGUCUGGACUGAUCCCAAGCUUGCCGACGUCCACAUCGCACUUCAUGCCUGCAUAUGCGAUCGAUGGGAAAUUUAGGCUAGCCUCCGAGUUGGUAUGUUCAGAAGUCUGCUGUGAACAAUUCGACGUGGUUGUCAAGUCCUCUGGUACAGCUGCCGACGGGCAUCUUGUCUGUGCCAGACUCUUUGAAGUCCAAGCUUCAAAAUCUCGCGUGGACCAGAAGGAUCGCCUGUUCUCCAACGUCGAGCUGCGACUCUCGUCUCCAUACCACCAGUUCGUCUCCACGUGCAAAUACAGAGGUAAAUUAGGCCCCGUUCUCAUGAUGGUGGGUCCAGCACAAGAUCUCCAGCGCGAUCCACAGCACGGCGACGGCACCUGGAUCGGUACCCCCGUGAUCCAUUUUCUCCACAAGACCGAGCGAGGCGUGUGGAGGAAGACGGGCACAGGGUUUCUUGACGAAACGGUCUUCAGAAGCAAGUACUUCUUGAUGGACGCUGUCGGAAGGCACUUGCGCAUCGGAGGUGCAUCAGAAGCCGCAAUUACCGAAUGUGACUGUCCAUUGACACGCCGGGAAAAGUAUGUGCUGCAUCAGGUGAAAGGCGAACAAGUGAGCUCUGCGCUGGAAAAGGGUAGUGCUGAAAGCUGCCCACCGCUUUUUGCAGCCGCUGCGCACGGCCAAUCACCUGUCAUCCGUCGCCUUCUGGACCAAGGAGCAGACAUCAAUGCCAUCGACGAUAAUGUCAAAGGAGUGUGUCGCGGCACGGCAAUGCAAGGGGCAGCUUCGUCCCCAACGCCGCAGAAAGCAAUACUGCAAUUUCUGAUCGAAGCAGGAGCAAACUUGAAUGCCCGGGGAGGAUACUACGGCACGGCGCUGCAAGCAGCCGCGGCGGCCCCAGUUGACACCAAAGAAGUUGUCGAGUACCUCGUUCAAAUGGGUGCGGAAGUCAGUAUCACCAGCGGGCGGUAUGGCUCGGCCUUGCAGGCGGCUCUGUUCUUUGGAAACAUCGAGAUUGCAAAAUAUCUGAUCCUCGCGGGUGCUGAUCUUGCUGUGGAGGAGAAAUACCAGCAAUGGCUGGAUGAUGUGUUGAAUGGCAUGGUGGCAGACGAGGAGAGCCGGGGACAAGUCUGA